AUGAGUGACAGACACAAAAGUACCCAUAAUGAUGCACCGACCAGAAAAGGGAGCAAAUCAACCCGGUUGAAGCUGAACACAUCAUUUCUUGAAAGAGAAAGCCGUCCGUACUCGUCAGGCCCUCCCCGUGAGCCGCCUCAACAAAGCGCGAGUCGACCUGCAACUGCUAAACGAUCAAAGUCUAAAGCCGAAAAGCCUGAACCUAUGGUGAGACACUCACCCGGACACUGUCAAAUAUGCGAUUUCCAUGGAUAUCAUAAAUUGGAGCCCUCAGAAGCGCAAAAGCCUCUAAAAGAGAAGUCCAUCCCACCGUCACCUUUCUCAGCAUCACAACAACCGUCUCAGCAAGUGGCGCCAACAGCACAGCACCCCGAAGCUUCAAAAAGUCAAUCACGACCGAAUAGACGACAGUCAUAUCACGAACAGCGCCCAACGAGCUUUCAUGAUGGCAUGUCAUAUUCCGCGUUGCCAUUGCAACCUUUUUCUGCCUCUGACUGGAACAUGCUACCAACGCCUCUCUCAGCAUAUCCACAAACUCCUUAUGUACAGACGCCCGUACUGCCCUUCAUAGACCCAUACGAACAGUAUGCACAAUCUCUACCAUCUCAGUACAACCAGCAGGCACUGCCACCCUUAGGCCCAAGACCGCCAGAGCCACGUCGGCGCACCAGCUCGCGUGCCGAGCCUAUUAUCCAGCAGUCUCCCAUUGUAGCGGAUAAGCCACCUUUGGGGAGGACGAGAUCGCACAGAGAAACUCAACGAGCCCGAGAUCCUUCCACGUCUCGUCAGGAGGACGCAAAGAGGAUGCCGCCACCUCAGGUUAUACCAGUCCGGCGUCGUCCGAACAUUGCUAAAGCCAACACUACCAUCUCUACACCACUCUCGGAUCAACGUGAGCGCGGUAUCGGUAACGAUGGACCCGCUCACGCACGAUUAUCUUCCAGGGAACGCAAAUCUGACCCACCACCAUCAUCGUACCGCGAGCCUCCACUUUCAUCAUACCAUAAUUCCAAUCAAAACAGACCUGUACCUCCGAAGUCUAAAUCCUACACUGAGGCCAAACACACCAGCAAGGUGAAUAGCACUCAGUCUGGUCUCGAUAGACCGACUUCCAUUCUUGGCGCCGAACUCAAUGAGAUGAGAGCAGAAGCCUACCAGAAAUCUCGUGGCACCAACCCUCAGCCUCUUACCAUUGACGCUAUCUCCAAGAUCGAGCGGCGUUCCGAUAGUGGCAGCCAAUAUUCGAUCAAUACCAGCUCCAGAGGGUCCACCGGCGGCAAGACCAAGACUACCCUAGGCAGCAACGAUAUCACCCUGAUGAUGCACGGAGUCACUCUAGGUAUUUCGGCAGACAGUGCUGAAAACCGCAGCAUCAAGAUCGAGCCCAGAGGUAACGGUGACUUCAACAUUAGCGUCAAACAGCAGGAGUCGAGCGGCCGAGACAAUAAGGCCUUGAGCUUGCUGAAACGGAGUGGUUCCACCACCUCAUCGUCGAAGCAGAGCCGACGGAGCAGUGAGAAAGAGGUGAGAAGAUCGAGGGAUCAGUCAUUAGAUCGUGAGCCUGAACGAGCACCCCAUGUUUCCAGCUGGUCGAGCAAGGCAUCAUAUGAUGACUCGUUUGGUUAUGAUCUAGCAUAUGGCUGA